AUGGACCUGGUGAUAUUUUGGAGCUUUGUGUCUCUGCGCAGAGAGAUGCUCCGUGCUGAAUAUAGGAAGGUGCACCACUUGCUUUACGAGGAAGAGAGACGCUAUUUAGGGAGAAUCGAAAAAGAAAGCAAAGAGAUUUUACAGCAACUCAAACAAAGUGAGGACAGCAUGGGCCAAAAGGGGAAACUGCUAAGAGGAGUGUAUGAGGUCCUCAAGGAAAUGUGCCAUAAACAAGACAUGGAGCUGCUCCAGCAGUUUGAAAAUACAUUAAAAAGGAGUGAGUCAGUGCAGCUGCACAUGCCCCAACCUGUGGACCCACAGCUCAGUUCAUGGCCCAUCACGGGGCUGAUAGAGAGGCUCAACCGUUUUCUUGGUAAUAGACUGCCCUUUGGUUGGGUAGCUGUAUGUUCUCCUCAGCUAGUGUCUAUGGUGUCCACUUUUUUUGAAAAUGAAACGACCUGUGACAUGCCACUGUUUGAAGAUCUGAGACAUUGGCUCUUCAGUGGCGAUCAUCCUGACAUUGUCACUAAUGCAACAAGAUCUAAAUACUUUCUCGCAUGGGGAGCCCAGACAUUCACGUGUGGUCAACAUUACUGGGAGGUGGAUGUGGGGACCCGUCAGAACUGGGCCCUUGGGUUUUGUAAUGAUUCCUGGACAAUGAGGAAUGACAUGGUCCUUGAGUCAGAGGGAAUUUUUCUACUCUUCUGUAUCAAAGAAGACAACCAGUGUCGUCUCUUUAGCUCCUCCCCAUUUUCUCCUCAAUACGUAGAAAGGCCUCUGGGCCAUGUGGGGGUGUUCCUAGAUUAGGAGCGUGGCAUGGUGAGCUUUGUGAACGUGGCCAAUUCCUCCCUUAUUUGCAGUUUCGUUUUAUAUUCCUUCUCUCUUCCUCUCCGACCGUUUCUAUGCUCUGCACCCCGGUGA